AUGUACAGCAAUCUCAUCAGCUCUAGUCAAAUGACUCUGAAAAGGGAAUCCAGUAUUAAUUUGAUAGAAUAGAAUGAUAUGGUACUAAUUUUAGAGCCUAAAACAUUAUUCUAAUGCUUAUCAACAUUACUAUUUUAAACAGACAUUUAUCAAUAAUAAAUACAAACCUUAUGUUUAUAAUAAUUUAAAUAACAUCAUAAAACAUUGAAUAAUGUGAGUUCCUUAGCUGAAUACAUAAUAAAUUAGCAAUCUGAGCAGUUCGAAUAUCUCAAUUUAGAGCUGAUUUCUUAGAUUUUUAAGGUGAAGAUUGAAUUGUACUUUAUUGAUGAUGGUCUCUUGUCGAUGAUAAUAAAUCAUGGGUAUAUGAGGACGAUUAGAAUAUUUAAAGAGGAUUACAAUUAUUAUGAAUUAUAGACGAAUUCGUAUAGGAAGAAGUUUAAGUUCAUAAAGAAGAUAAUAGAUCAAACAAUCAAUUCCUUCCUAUAGAUUAGCAAUACAGUCUAAUACAAUAGACCUCUCUCUGAGGAGGGCAGUUAGAAGCUGCAUCCAUCUCUGAAUGUAGUGCUUUCGAUGAAUGACUUAGGACAUAUUGGAUUGAGUGUCCAAAGUGCAAAAACAUAAAAAAUUGAUAAAUAGUAUCAACCUUCGACUCUCACACCACAAAUAUAAAAAAUUAUGAAUGUUAACUAAUAAUAUUCAGCUAAAUUGCCGAAUGCUCCCAUAACUCCCAUGACUUCAUAAAAAGGCAAGAGAGUCUUUAAUUUUCAAGAAUUCCAAGCUACUUAAGCCUAAAUCAUAGAGGAACAAGAGGACACAAAAUUUCUCUAAGAAAUCGUCACGAAAACCUAAUAGAAUCCACAAUAGACACAGCAAUAAAUCAUUGCAAGUCAACCUGAAAGGGUGAUUGGAUACUUGAAAUUCUAUAAUGAAAGCAAACAGUAUGGGUUUUUUUUGGAUGAUAAAAAUAAGAAGGACAUAUUUGUUCAUCAGGAUGAUUUUAAAAAGUCUUGUGUAGAUCCAGAGUGUUACGAAAAAAAGAGGAAAGGAUUGGUUCCUUACUUUAGUUAUCAGGUUAUCAUAUAUUAGGGAAAGAAGCAAUAAAAUGUCAAGGCAAUUGAUAUUAAGUUUGAAAGAUAUGAUUAAUAAAAAUGA